AUGUCGUUCAAAAGAAAAGCUGCCACUACCUCCGCGUGGGCAGCAACCAAGCGCCGUCGCCUCUGGGGCUCGGCUUCGUACAGAGGCCGGGGACACGCGGGCACCAGCAUCCAGCCCCGACAGACACGGUCUCGAGCUGCACUGCCGGGCGCCGCACCGCUCCUGGUGCUUGACGACAAGGGAAAACCCACCGAGGUGCGGGAGGUGCAGCGCGCACCAAAGGCGCGGCAGCCGGAGGUGCCGCUAGUAGAGGCUCUCGGACGCUUCAGAUGGCCCGCUGCUAGGAAACCCACACAGGACUGCAUUGCCGUGGCUACUCAUUCUUCCAUUCCUGGUUCCAAACCAGUUGCAGCUGCGGACUUGGUAAGCUUGGAUUGCAUUGGAGUGCCCCCUGACGCUGUCGAUGCUCCCAGUGCAGGCCCGGUUCCGAGCCAGCUUGUGGUGGCAUCGAUUGAGCGGGAGGCCGACUGUCACGAGCUUUCUCAUAUCCCGAGGAAGUCCGACGAUUCCAGUAAUAUCCCGCCGACUCCGUCGAACGCAACGGCUACGGGACCUGAUGAGCUCCCAUGUCUGGUUUCAGUAGCGGAGACACCGUUAUCGCCUUUGAGUCACGGUCCGCUUGAGCGCAAGAGGAAGCAGAGCACCAGCCUCGGCACCGGCCCUUCUAGCCCAUCGCUGUCUCCGAAGAGGCUCAAGCGCAGUCUUUCCGACACACCUAACGACGAACGUUGCAUCAUGCAAUAUCCGUCUGCCCCAGCCCUUGAGCUCAGUGCCAUCCAUUACGAAGAGAAGGUCCUUCUGUCCCCAUCCAUCAAGUCGGAACCAGCCUCGGAUGCGGAUGGUCUACUCCUGGACACGGUGCCCGCUGCCUGCAGUCCACCGCAUAUACUUCUUACCCCUCCGGAACCUGACCUCAACUACGAUGCGCCAAGUGGUAGCGCCGGUAACUGCGGCGCUGACUACAACAUCGUGAGGGGCGUGAAGCAGGAGCCCGAACUGCAAGGGGAGGAGGACGUGCCGUCGAGCACAGUCCCGGCUCAAGUCCCGAGCCCCCCGGAUUCACUGAGCCUCCCAACCAGCCUGUUCCCCCGACAAACCGAGAUCCCGGGCCUUUUCACCCUCUACCCCAAACCUGAGCCGCAGCCCCAGACGGCCCCCGAACCAUUAAUCAAGGCAGAGGACACCCCGUCUGAACCGGGCGGCGCACCGACGUCCCUGUGCCCGGCCGCUCAGCAACACCUCACCGCUCCUACACCUCACUCGGAGAUUCCCAGCAUCAAAAUAGAGGAAGAAGCCGAAGUAGAAGAGAAAGAAGAAUCCCUCCCCCCCGAGCAGCAGGCCCUCUUCGCCCGCGACAGCGACGAAAGCAGCCUGUUCGCCACCCCGCACCCCCGCCGCGCAGACCGCCCGGCGGAGGGCUCGCCUUCCGCCAGCAGCUCCCGUCACAUACUAAACGCCGACGGCGACGGCGACAUAAAGAUGUGCGCCGGUGUCCCGGGCGCCACAAGCCGAGACUCUGCCUGGCGGCCGGAGGAGGAGGCGGCCGUCGAGUGGGUGCUUGACGCUGUCAGUGUUGGGGCGGCGACUGCGGCGGCGGAGAAGGAUGAGGAGAUGGAUGAGGAAAAGGAGGAGGAGAAGGAGGAUCAGGAGGGGCUUGUCAGCUAUGACGGCGAUGUUGAGGAUGCGGGGCUCUCGGACAGCGGGGACGAGGAGGUUCACCUCGCUGGCAUUCAUCAUCGUGUCGAGGGUCUGCAGGCGCACCAUCUCAGUUGGCCUGCCGUUGCGACUGAGUCCGCAUCUCUGGAGGCUCGCCGCGCGACGUGGCCGAUGCGCGAGUGCGAGGCGGCGGGUGCUAUUGCUGCUGUUGGGGAGGUACCGCGCAGGAGCUCGAUUUGA